UUGCUGCUCUCAAUCUCAACACUUUACUUUUGUAUAUCAUUUCACGUUCCUCUUCUAUCUUCAUCUCCUUCCCUUUUAACUGGUUUACUGUGCUUUUGCUCCUCUAAACACUCGGAUUUGUUCCUCUCUCUCUCUCUCUCUCUCUCUCUCUCUCUCUCUCUAUACUCUCUCUCUACACCCAUCUGAGUUAACAGCUUGUAGGUGUGUGGGGUAUAUGGAUUUUUGACUUCAGAGGAGAGCUUCCCACUGUCAUAUACUUUGGCUUUUGCUUCAGCUUCUUGCUGUUGUUUAAAAAAAGUGAGAUAAAGCAAGUUCAGAGGAGGGAUCAUGGCAGGCGGAGGCGGCGGCGGAGCUGCAAAAGUGGAUGAGCCACAACCACAUCCACCAAAAGAACAGCUACCCAACAUUUCUUACUGCAUUACAAGUCCACCUCCAUGGCCCGAUGCCAUUCUCCUUGGUUUUCAACACUACCUUGUGAUGCUUGGAACUUCAGUUCUCAUCCCCAGUGCUCUUGUUCCCCAGAUGGGAGGAGGAAAUGAAGAGAAGGCCAAGGUGAUCCAGACCCUGCUUUUUGUGGCUGGUUUGAACACAUUGCAACAGACUUUGUUUGGGACUAGACUACCCGCAGUGAUUGGAGGGUCGUAUACGUUUGUCCCGACCACAAUUUCCAUCAUAUUAGCUGGUCGAUUCAGUGAUAGUCAAGACCCUAUAGAGAAAUUUAAGAGGACAAUGCGGGCAAUCCAGGGUGCUCUUAUUGUUGCUUCAACUCUUCAGAUAGUCUUAGGCUUCAGUGGCCUUUGGCGUAAUGUUGUAAGGUUUUUAAGCCCACUUUCAGUUGUUCCUUUGGUAGCAAUGGUUGGUUUUGGACUCUACGAGUUAGGUUUUCCAGUGCUUGCCAAAUGUGUGGAGAUUGGACUGCCAGAGCUUGUCAUUGUAGUAUUUAUUUCUCAGUAUAUGCCCCACAUAAUUCACAGAGGAAAGCCUAUAUUUGAUCGUUUCGCUGUCAUAUUUUCCGUGGUGAUUGUGUGGAUAUAUGCUCACCUACUCACUGUUGGUGGAGCAUAUAAUGGUACCGGCCCAAAAACACAGACAAGCUGCCGUACUGAUCGUGCUGGACUUAUAAAUGCUGCUCCGUGGAUUAGAGUUCCAUAUCCCUUCCAAUGGGGAGCACCUUCCUUUGAUGCUGGUGAAGCCUUUGCUAUGAUGGCAGCGGCUUUAGUUGCACUUGUUGAGUCCACUGGUGCUUUCAUCGCUGUGUCAAGAUAUGCUAGUGCAACUCCAGUGCCACCUGCUAUUCUGAGCCGUGGAGUUGGUUGGCAGGGAGUUGGCAUUCUGGUUUCGGGCUUGUUUGGAACUGCGACUGGAUCCUCAGUAUCUGUUGAAAAUGCUGGUCUUUUGGCGUUGACGCGUGUUGGCAGUCGAAGGGUUGUGCAAAUAUCUGCUGGUUUCAUGAUAUUUUUCUCCAUUCUGGGCAAAUUUGGAGCACUCUUCGCGUCGAUUCCAGGGCCAAUCUUUGCUGCUUUGUACUGUCUGUUCUUUGCAUAUGUUGGUGCCGGAGGUCUUAGCUUUCUUCAGUUCUGCAACCUGAACAGCUUCCGAACAAAGUUCAUAUUGGGCUUCUCUAUCUUCAUUGGCUUGUCCGUGCCACAGUACUUCAAUGAGUACACCGCCAUCAACGGAUACGGUCCAGUCCACACAGGAGGAAGAUGGUUCAACGAUAUGAUCAAUGUCCCUCUACAAUCAGAAGCUUUUGUCGCAGGCUGCGUCGCAUAUUUCUUGGACAACACGCUGCAACGAAAGGAUAGUUCAGUUAAGAAAGACCGAGGUAAAACGUGGUGGAACAAGUUCCGGUCCUUCAAGGGGGAUUCAAGGAGUGAGGAGUUUUAUUCGCUACCAUUCAAUCUAAACAAGUACUUCCCAUCCGUAUGAAGAAGCUCGUGGUUUGGAGUUUUUAAAGGGGAAGCGCGGUUACGGUGUGUACUGAUAUCCAUCCCAAGCUCUCGAUAACUUAUCUGUGAUCCCUCUGUUUCUUUGCUGAUAUAUAAGAUUUAUCUUUCCCUAAAUAGGAUGUUGUUGUAGUUCGUAAAUCCAACUGGGGGUGUCGAUUAAAGUUAGCACUGAAGCAGUUGUGUGCUCUCCAAUUUUAUUUCAUUUUUUCAUAUGUUUGAUGUUACUAUUCACUGUCUCAAAGACAUCUGGAAAUUUGGUGGCACACCCUGAUUGUCAACACUUCCUUGAUCACGUUA